AUGCGCAGUAGUAGCGUAGAUGCAGAGGGCGAGGAAGAUGAUCUCGACAUGCCCGAAACCCAGUCGCCUAGCCUUCAAAAUGAUGUCCCCGAAGACCAGGAUGAAGACGAAGAAGACGACGAUGACGACGAUGACGACGACGACGACGACGACGUAGAUGCCGACGCUGAAGCCGACCCCGAUGAUGACGAGAGCGAGAUUGUUGGCGCUGUCAAAAGAGCUCCCACAAGGACUAGGACAUCAAGAGCCAGAAAAAGUCGCGACGCGGAGACCAGUGAGGAUGACGAUUCUGCUUCGGACGGCGACAACGAUUCCGACUCGUCAGAAGAAUCUGCUGCGACACAAGCUCCCUGGGAUAAAGAAAGCGACACUGCUCAAGAGCAAGACCAAGAUGUUGUCACAGAUUCUACAUGCGUGUAUUGUGGCCAGGACGAAGAAAACGACCCGAGCGACGAGUACGAAGAAUAUCUCGAAUGUGGUCAUUGUGGGGAUCAUUCUCACAAGCAGUGCGCCAGAAACGCUAAUUCGCUUAGCUCCGAUCAAGAAAAGAAUUCACACACCUGGUUUUGUCAAGACUGCGUAGAGAAUGGGUUUCACCUUCAGCAGGGGGUCGACAGGAUGACCAUCAACGAUGGCUCUCAACGUCGAUCUUCUGUACCAAAAUUAGCUCGUGAUCUCUUGCCUGCCGCUAGAGGUGGCAUCAAACCAAACUCACAUUCAGUCUUUAACAAUUUGAUACUCGACGACGACCCGAUGGAUGGCUCGCGCUCUCUUAGGAAACGCAAGAACUCGUCUGCCGAGACCGACGAACCAACACCGAGAGCAACGUCACGGAAAAGAAGACGGUCGACGGCAUCAGAAAGUCGAACUACUAUCAACGUAACGCCGCGGGAUCAAGUGAAGGAGCAGGCGACGACACGAAGUAGUGGCUCGGCAGAAAGUGAAAAGUCUACAACCACACGCGCAACUCGACUUCGAAAACAACCGCAGUCAAGCACAAACGCGCGUAUCAUCUCCAUCGAAGUAUCCGACGAAAACCACAAAAGUCUUGUUGUCGCCAUUCCCAUCAGCGCAGCCAAGUUGGAAGGCAUUCAGGUCAACGCACAACGGAAAGCACGUAGGCGCGAACGUGACAGAGCGCGUCGAGCAUUGAUGGGUAAUCGAAAGAGAAAGAGCGGCGCGCAUAAGGAGGUCCAAGAGGUAGAGGAGGUCACCACUUCCUCACACUACCCUGCCGUCGCCACAACACUUUACGACAAUCCUUACUACCCCUUUCCUGACCGCGAAGUGGAUACAGUACAGGGAAAACCCUUUGGCGGUAUCCUUACCGACGCAGAAGCUGACACAACAAAAACAUUUCCUCAGCAAAAUGAUCGUGAUCUAUUUGAUGAAUCACGACGUCAAGCUGAUGAAGCUAGAAAAGCCGAACAGGAAGCCAGACCAGUCGAAAUGCCAUCCAGAUCGAAGACAUCCGGAUUACCUACUAAGAUUAAGUAUAUCCACUUUGGCGGCUGGGAAAUUGAGACAUUGCACGCAGCGCCCUAUCCCGAGGAGUACAACCGCAAUCCCAUCUUGUGUAUUUGCGAGUUCUGUCUCAAGUAUAUGAGCUCCUCCUACGUGGCCUUCAGACACAAGCUCAAGUGCCCACACAAACAUCCCCCUGGCGACGAAAUCUACCGCGACGACAUCAUUGAUGCCGACGGCAACAAGAAGAGUAUAUCCUUCUUCGAGGUCGACGGUCGCCGUAGUCCUCUCUACUGCCAAAACCUCUGUCUUCUCGCCAAGCUAUUUCUCGGUUCCAAGACUCUGUACUAUGAUGUUGAGCCCUUCCUCUUCUAUGUCAUGACAGAGAAUGACGAGUUUGGUUGCCACUUUGUCGGAUACUUUUCCAAGGAGAAGAGAGAUUGGUCGGCGCCUGCUGAUCCUCGCGCUUCAAUUAACAUUGGCCCCGAGCCGAGAAUUGAGGAUGCUCAAGCCAAUUCGGGUGCCAACUCUACUGACUCGCCAGGCAACAAUGUUUCUUGUAUCCUGGUCUUCCCGGUUCAUCAGCGCCACGGCUUUGGUCGUACCCUCAUCGAAUUUUCCUAUCUUUUGACUCGGAGAGAGGGUAGAACCGGCUCGCCCGAGAAGCCGCUAUCCGACCUGGGUCUUGUUUCUUACCGUUCAUACUGGCGUGGUGUCAUGUGCAGACUACUUCUUGGCUACAAGGAAGCGCCUCGAGGCUCCUACGACAUUACUUUCUCCAGCAUAGCCCGUGCGACUGGUAUGACUAUCGACGAUGUCAUUUCGUCCCUAGAAGCUCUUCGCGCCAUCGUCAAGGAUACCAGCUCACACAAGUACGCUUUGCGUUGUGAUUGGUCUUAUAUGGCAGAGUAUCUGGAAAAGCAUGACAAGAAACGUCACAUCAGGAUUGAUCCCGACAAGCUGCACUGGGCUCCUUACAUGAUGGGAAAACCCACAAGCUACUUCCAAGUUGGCGAGGAAGCCAAUGGUCCUAUUCAGACCAAAGCCCGCCGCGACGAGCCUGAGGAUCUCCAGGCGGUGCAGCCCGAAGAAGGCGUGCAACAGGCUCAAGUUAACGGCACUUCGACUCCUGAUCCUGAGACCAUAAACGGCGAUAAUGUCUCUCCCAAGGCUAGUCGAAAAGCCCCUUCGUCAACACUAACACCCCAACCAUCGUUCACCAAAGGAUCUCCCCGCCGCUCCCCUCGCAAAUCUCAAUCACAACCCCAGCCCGAGCCGACAAACGGCACAACCCAAGAAGUUCCAACCUCCCAACCCUCCACUUCCGACUCCUCAUCCGUCCGCCGUGGCUCCACCUACACCGACGACAACAUCCCCGCCUCCCGCUUCGAAAUCUUCCCACCCAUCCCCGGCUACUCCACCCGCCGCAGACCCGGCCGUCCAAUGGGCAGCCGCACCCGCAGCAAACCCACCCCUUCCGCCAUGCGACGCGCAACCAGCCUCGAGGAAGCCACUCCCUUGCCCACAACCACGCCUCGCGGUCGCCCUACCAAUGCAGCACGUCGCGCCCGCAGCAAGUUGGAUGAAAUGCAAGUAGCGCCAUCAACCCAAGAAGAAGACGAGAUACAACGACAGAUAUCUUCGGAACAUGAACGCGCUAUUGAGGAUCUCGUGGAUGAGAACAACGGGGCAGUGUUUACAAGGCCGAAGUUUUUGGGCAGGGUGGAGGUUCCUGAACAUGCUGUUGAGGAUGAUGAGGAGGAGGAUGAGGAUGCCGAGGGGGAGGAAGACGUGGAGAUGGAAAUGGGAGUUGGGAAUGGGUAUGAUGGGAGGGGUACUGUUGAUGCGAGACCGAGGGAGAUGGAGGAGGAAGAGGAAGAGCAGGUGGAGGGAGACGAGGAGGACGAAGAUGCUGAUGCCGAUGGGGACAGUGAUGAUGAAAUGGUGGACGCUUAG